UAAAAUACUUCAUAUUUUUAAAGCCGGUACUGUUUAAAACACAAACACACGGACGGUGUGGACUGGACUGAGUGUGAAUUAAGUGUAUACAAAUAAGACACAUAUUUACCUUUUUUCUAAGGCAAAAAUGAAUUAUUUUUGUUAACCUGUGCACUGAAGCUAAGCUAACCGAGGCAAAACUCCUGUCAGAGCUCUCGUGCGUCACGCCGUGAACGCGCAUGCGUGAAAACGGUGCGCAUGCGCGUUUAAGGAGACUGAGAGCCCCAUGUUAAAGGUAUGAGCUAAAAUAUGAGGAGAAAUCCUGAAGCUGUGUGAGUCUCAGGCGGUUUAUACCGAGGAUGAGGACUGCGAUGAGCUGACACACUGUCCCCGAGUCCCCGAGGACACAAAGGCACAUCCAUGCGCUAAGAUCAGCAAUGUGAAGCGCCCCGCGUUCGCUGCCACCGCCGCGUCCUUUGUUGCUCUCCUUGUUCUCACGCAGGGAAUAUCCAGGAUGAAGAAAUUCAGUCUUAACACCAUCAGGAAGUCAUUAAGCAUAAAAGGAAAAGAAGAGCACGAGUAUGCGGUGUCGCAGCCAGACCUGUCCACCGGCUUUCCUUCAGAGCCUUCUGUUUACGGUGGCUGCUACGGCAAGGACAUCGCGGAUGCUAAUUUAGAUAACGAGGACUUAAAUCUGAAGGGAUCUAAAGGUCGCUCUAAAAGCGAGGGUCUUAUGGGGACGCUAAAGAGAAGACUGUCGACGAAGCAGAAACCCAAAGUCAAAGCGAGCUCUCCGUCCGUGUGUUCGAUCGACGACGAUGCAUUCUCAUCAGCGUCCGAGCCCAUCACGUUACGCGACCUGACACCGCAACGGUCUUCUCACGCAACGUCUUUACACAGCCACCAUUACAGCCUGACGCCUUGGCCUCUCAGAGUGACGGCCUCUGAGGAGGCAUGCAGCGCCCGGGUCGACGCACUGAUCCCGUCCAGCAGCUCGAGCUUGUCUCUCAACGCUGUCCAGAAGAGCUUCCUGGGAGACGAGAUAUUCGGCGGCGAGAGCCCUGACCCUCAGAGCGGAGAUCUGGAAAUGGACGAUCACGUGCCGGUCGUCAUCGGCCUCACUGCUCAGGACUACAUUCGGUACGCGCUGCCUUUAGAUGAGGGACUUUUCGCCGAAGAUGAGGCGUCUCGGUCUUAUUGCCUGGAUGGGACGUCGCCGAUGGACGUGCUGCCUCAGAGCGAGUGCUCUCUUCACGCUGACGAAGACUCCAUCAGUCAUGACCUCCUGUCUCCUGACGUUUUCAUGGAGCCGUCAGUAAACCGGCUCUUCCUGAACACCGCUAAUGUUCUCCUGCAGAGCUCGCGUCUGGAGUCUCCUCUGCUACCUCCGCUUCCUGUCAGCAGCCUUCCUGUGUUUGGUGGGACCCGAUUAGCUGAUUCGGUCCUGGAACAUCUUAGCUUCGAUCCGAACUCAGCGCCGGGAGUCCAGCGGGUGUAUGAUGCGGUGCAGACUGGCGGCCCCAUGGUGGUCACCAGUCUCACGGUGGAGUUGAAGAAACUGGCCAAACAGGGCUGGUACUGGGGUCCGAUCACACGUUGGGAAGCUGAGGAGAAACUCACAAACCUUCCAGAUGGUUCCUUCCUUGUUCGGGACAGCUCAGACGACCGCUAUCUUCUAAGUUUGAGUUUCCGCUCACAAGGGAAGACGCUUCACACCCGGAUCGAACAUUCCAACGGCUCCUUCAGCUUCUACGAGCAGCCAGACAUGGAAGGCCACACCUCUAUCGUAGAGCUCGUCCACAACUCCGUUAGGGAUUCGGAAAACGGCGCCUUCUGCUACUCCAGGUCACGCUUACCCGGGGCUGUGACCUACCCCGUCAGACUGACCAAUCCCGUCUCGCGGUUCAUGCAGGUGCGCUCGUUGCAGUACUCGUGCCGCUUCGUGAUUCGUCAGUACACGCGCAUAGACCUGAUUCAGAAACUGCCUUUACCCAACAAAAUGAAAGACUACCUGCAGGAGAAGCACUACUGAGCGACAGGACACGCCCUGCCUCGCCUCACAUGCUUUCUACGAUGUCAUAGCGAGGGGAUGGGCUUCUCGUGGCUGGUCGUGACGUUAAAGUUCAUGUGUUUACGUUUCCACCAGAGGAAAGCACUGAUAAUUUGUUUGUUUGUUUAAGUAAGUAGCAGAUGAAGUAUUGAUCCGGUGGGAGGAGUUAACAGAGCACCCAAAAAUGGUUUAACGAGUGAGCUAAAUGAGCAGUCAGGUCCGAGAGGUCACAUGGAGGGUUCAGCCUUAAUGACAUUGUUUUUAUUUUAUAUUUUAGUUUUUUUAUAGCUUAAUAAAAAGCUAUUUUACUAUUUUUUUACUUUUAUCACAGCUUAGUUAAAAAAUAUAUACAGAUUGCAAUCUGAGGAAUUUCAAAUCCAUUGUUUAUUUUAGUGAGUCUUUAUUAAGCAUAAUCUAAUAUAUCACUAAGCUGUGAUAACGCUAGCAGCGACCGUUAGAAUAGCUAAGUUUUAUACGUAGUGUAAAAACGCAGGUACGGACGUAGCUCGAUUUAGUUAGCUAGCUAUCCGAAUGCACUCUUCCACGUUUUGACCAGAUCAAAACAAAGAAACUCGUUGUAGUAACGAAAUUUGUUUAUAUUGGUUGCUAAAUCAUAAUUAGCAUUAAACGAGCGUUCGUACGUCCCUGAUCGUUUGCGUUGAUGCAGAGCUGCUCGUAGUUAAUCAGUGUCCCUGUUCUGAAUCAUGAACUGUUUGUUUGUAGCUUCAAUUAAAAUACUUGUUUACAGAGUUGAAGACAUUCCUUUACAUUUCCCUGAGCAGACUCCUGUGUUCGAAACCGCUCUGUGCUCACUUACCUUCUGCACUACUCUGAGUAUUUAAGUGUGUCAGGUGGAAUCCCAUAAUGCACUGCGACAGAUGGUAACGAGUACCGAGCACCCGGAGUACACUCAGUAGGGAAUAGUGAGCUCGUGUGGGUUUAAACUCAUCUAAUGGUACGUUUGUUGUACGAGUUUUUGAGUUCUACGUUUGUUACGUUGUGGUUCCUGAGUAAACGCGGUUCUUUCCUCCUGCAGAUCGCCGCGGCUCGGUAAUUAACUGAUUAAAAUGUUCUGUUAACUUGAUGCUGAAACGGUGAAAGUGAGUAGAUAAAAGGGUGGAGGGUUUAAAAUGAUGUCACUGAUUUAUUCUGAUGAUGUCAUCAUCUCCACAGAGGUAAAUAUCAGAGUAUUAUUUUUUUUUUAAACUUGUUAUAGUUGUGUUUAAGCGUGUGGGUCUCUUGUCAGUGUGGGAAAGCUUAGUUACAGCGUUACCUCUGACUGUUACUAAAGCGCCGGAACUGGAGACUUCUUCCAUUUUAACUCCACGUCUAUGUAAAACCAGUCGCAGUCCAGAGUCACUCGCACUUGUUUAGGGCAGCGGCGGCUCAGUCAGUUAAGGCUCUCGGUUACUGAUUACAAGGUCGGAGGUUCGAGCACCAGCACUCAGCCAAGAAAGUCACUGUUGUGGUCCUGAUCAAGGUCCUUAGCCCUAUCGCCUGCAGGGGGCGCUGUAUCCUGGCCUGACCCUGCGCUCUGACCACAGCUUCCUAACUGGAAUGUUCAAAUUGAAUCUUAAUGUUAUUGUGUAAUGAACUCGUUUAAAUUCUCGUUAAAAAGAAUUAUGGAAAUUCUCACCUUAAUUCGGACUUGGUGAUUGGCACGUUCCUGGUCAUGUGGUCAACUUUAGUGCAUUUUAUUACUGCAGUGUUUUAUGGCACAUGCUGAUAUCACACCGUUAUCUCCUCAUCACGCAGACUAAUCAGUGCAUUUACACACUGUUCGUGUACCUUUAGCAUUUCUUUGUAUGCUAAUACCUCAGAGUUCAUGAUGAUAUCACACAGAAUAUCACACCGCACUCAUCAGAGCCUGUUUCUCCUUCCUGUUGCCGUAGUUUAGGAGUGAGUUGGGAGUCUCUGGUUCUGGAGGAUGUGUCUACGACACACUCCUCAUCUCUUCGAUAGUCUGGUGCCCGUAAAUAUCAU